AUGUAUUCCCAUGGCAUCAAAUGGAUAUCUGAGUUUUCGUCAAUGAAUAUCGUUCACCAUAUUUUGUGCUUGUUGAACAGAGCUAGCGACAAGUGCCAGAAAGAGAAAAGAAAGACAAUCAACGGGGAUGAUUUGUUAUGGGCCAUGGCAACAUUAGGGUUUGAAGACUAUAUUGCCCCAUUGAAGUCCUAUUUGGCUAGGUACAGAGAGGGUGACACCAAGGGAUCUAUUAGGGGUAAUGAUGGAUCUGUUAGGAAAGAUGCUAGUGGUGUAUCUCAAUUGCAUACAGAUGCACAGGCUCUUUUUCCCAGGGCAUGGGUUAUUCAAAUCCCGAGAUUGAAUAUUGAGAAUGUUUUGAAGCUAAAGGCAAGGAUGUGGCUCGUCUCUGCUGAAUUCGGCUCGUCAUUGGAUGGUGGUGAUGUUUUUUUAUAUUAUUUAUUUUAUUAUUUUAUAAUACCGUUUGAACUUCAAACGAAGUAUAGUGAUGUGUUUUUGUUAUAGUUAUAUCAUAUAUGUAAUAUGUAUAUGUAUAUCCUAAAUUUCUAAAUUCUUUGCUCAUUCUUGCUAUUGAGCAUACAGUGUUUAGAUUGUAAUAGUUGCUUUGCUUCAGACAACAGUUUCAAGAAUAUCUCCAGCACCAGCAGUGUUUAACAGGUUAUUAGGCCAUCAUUUAAUCAGGCCGUUUAAACGAGCAGGGCCGUUUAACAUGGUUGCAAUGCAUCCAUUAAUAGCGGGUCCCAUUUGGCCGUUCAACAUACUGAACGGCAAUUUUGGGUGGCUUUUUUUGUCUUUGUUUUAAAUUAAUU